ACCAAACAGACAAACAACAUCAUUUGUGUUUUCAAAGAGCCAUCAUGAGGAUUGAGGCAGCUCUCCAACUCGGCUUCUGUAGCCUGUGUCUAACUCUGGCACUUCUUGGGGAAGGAAUGGGAGUGGAGCUUCCUGAGCCACCAGCUGUGAACUGUAUGUGGAGUCGCUGGUCAGAGUGGAGUUCCUGUGACCCCUGCACAAAAAUCAGAGGGCGCUCUCGAACUGUAGAAGUGUUUGGCCAGUUUGGGGGCAAGUCGUGCCAGGAAUCCCUCGGGGACAGAGAGUUCUGCAUGACUGAUGCUGAAUGUCAGCAGCCGCCUAACCCUGAGUGUUCAGACAAAGAGUUCCAGUGUGAAUCAGGAACCUGCAUUAAAAAGAGACUGACGUGCAAUGGGGACUAUGACUGUGAAGACGGAUCAGAUGAGGACUGUGAUCCUGACCGUAAACCCUGCGGAGAUACGGUCCUGGAUAGCAACGAGCAAGGCAGGACGGCAGGAUACGGAAUCAACAUCUUGGGUUCUGAUCCUCGAAUGAACCCCUUCAACAAUGACUACUUCAACGGAAGAUGUGAUCGAGUGAGGAAUCCAAACACGGGACGGUAUGACAGGCUUCCCUGGAAUGUUGGUGUGCUCAACUAUCAGACUCUAGUGGAAGAAACAACUUCCAGAGAAAUCUAUGACAACACACACAGCCUCUUGAGGGAACUGCUGACAGAGAUGAGCAUUAAAGUGGACACUGGACUUUCCUUCAAAUUCAAACAAACUGAGAAGUCCAUGUCCAAUAUUUCUCUAAAUUUUGAUCAUCAAUAUGAGAAGAAAACGAUGAUUAAGGAGAUCUCGGAUUAUUCUACUGUUCAGAACAAGAGCUUCAUGCGAGUCAAGGGCCGAGUACAGAUGAGUACCUACAGGAUGCGCUCACGUGAGCUCCAAGUUGCUGAUGAGUUCCUGCAGCAUGUCAAAUCUUUGCCUUUGGAGUAUGAGAAGGGUAUUUAUUUCGCCUUCCUGGAGGACUAUGGCACCCACUACACCAAAAAUGGGAAAUCAGGUGGUGAAUACGAGUUGAUUUACGUGCUCAACCAAGACACCAUCAGGGCAAAAAGUCUGACAGAGAGAAUGAUUCAAGAAUGUGUCAAAGUAGGCAUCACCACAGACUUCACUGAUGGAAAAGCACAUCACAACAGAGAUGGAUGCAACAAUAUAACAACAAAUGAAACAAGUAGUGUUCAUGGAAAAGCACUGGUGGAUAAGGUGAUGACAUCCGUAAAAGGAGGAACUCUAGAAAGUGCUGUUACUAUGAGGGCGAAAUUAAAUAAGGAAGGGGUGAUGGACAUUGCUACGUAUCAAGCAUGGGCCAGAGGCAUCCCAGAUGCCCCAGCACUGCUCAACAGUGAGCCAGAGCCCAUCUACAUGUUAAUUCCUGUGGAAAUGCCAGACGCUAACUCCAGGAUAUCGAACCUGAGGCAGGCCACAGCUGACUAUGUGGCAGAAUAUAACGUGUGCAAGUGUAAACCCUGUCAGAACGGAGGCACUCUGACUCUGCUGGACGGAAAGUGUCUGUGUCUGUGCCCUCACCUGUUUGAAGGCCUCGCCUGCCAGAAUUUUAAAGGCGAUAAAGCUAAAUACGGAGGUACAAGACCUACUGUUAAUCAGGAGGGUAACUGGUCGUGCUGGUCUGCCUGGUCCAACUGUAGUGGAGGAAAACGCAGCAGGACACGUGGCUGCAACACCGAUGGGCUGACUGGAGCUUCAUGCAGAGGAGACACUCGGAGUGAAGAGUACUGCUGAGUGCAUAGAUGACCAUUUAACAAGCAAAACACAGAAUAAAAUGACAAUUCUUUAUUUGUAGAGGUUUAUAUUUUGCGAUUUAACAAUGUGUAGUAUACUUCGUCAACUGCAAAUAUGUACUCAUGGGGGUUUAGUAGAAAAUAAUCUUUGUUAAACUUCAAUAAAUACAAUUUAUCUCAGUAAACAA